CCGAGCCAACAUGCCUGAGCCAGCGAAAUCUGCCCCCAAGAAAGGUUCUAAGAAGGCCGUCACUAAGACCGCCGGCAAAGGAGGAAAGAAGCGCAAGAGGUCCAGGAAGGAGAGCUAUGCUAUCUACGUCUACAAGGUCUUGAAACAGGUUCAUCCUGACACUGGCAUCUCUUCCAAGGCGAUGGGGAUCAUGAAUUCUUUCGUCAACGACAUCUUCGAGCGCAUCGCCGGUGAAUCGUCUCGUCUCGCUCACUACAACAAGCGCUCCACCAUCACAUCGAGAGAGAUCCAGACCGCCGUGCGUCUGCUGCUGCCCGGUGAGCUGGCCAAACACGCCGUGUCUGAGGGCACAAAGGCCGUGACCAAGUACACCAGCUCCAAGUGAGGUGUGAUGUGACUUCAACUACCCCAACGGCUCUUUUAAGAGCCACCCAUGUUUUCAGUUAAAGAGCUUUCAGUGUUUAAGUAUGUGGUGGGUGGGUCAGAUUAGAAAGGAAGUUUGGUUGUCUACUCAUGUGAGAACCAGAAACGAUGAAUCUAAAAUAUUUGAUGUGAUACAGACGGUAGUCAUAAUGUUAUAAUUACAGCACUACCCAGCCUCUGCAUUGUGUGAAAAACAUCAAAAACAAGCUACAAAUGUCAUCCCAUUUAAAUUGUAACAAGUGGGAAAUGAGGGCAUAUUUAUCAUAUUAUUACAAAAAAGUGUAUAUCAUAAACUCGUUCUAGUAUACUUGUCACCAGUUCAUUCACUUACUCUAAACGUGACCCUGGAUCACAAAACCCAGUCAUAAGGGUCACCUUUUCAAAAUUGAGGUUUAUACGUUAUCUGAAAGUUGAAUAAAUAAGCUUUCCAUUGAUGUAUGCUUUGUUAGGAUAAGACAAUAUUUGGUCGAGAUGUAACUAUUUGAAAAUCCAGAAUCUGAGGGUGCAAAAAAAU